GAAAGCAUUCCAUUCAAUCAGGUUUUCCUCGUAGAAUUUCAACACCAGGUGAAUGAGCUAGAAGGGAACACACAUGAUUUAGAAAUGGAUUAUAGAAAACAUUUUAAAAUGGACUGGGCUAGAAUACUUCAGAACUGCAUUGGCGUGCUCCUGCUGGCCCACUUGGUCUCCAGUGAGUCAGUUUCUGAAGUUACAUUCAGUGUCAAGGAGGAAGAAGAUGCUGGCGUUACUAUUGGGAACAUUCAGCAGCAUCUCUUCCCUCUGGUAUCGGAUGGAGACACGUUAACUUACAAGCUCUUGGAGAACAAUCUAUAUGUCACCCUGGAUGAGAUGGCUGGGUUCCUGUACACAACCAAACACAAACUUGACAGAGAAAUCCUGUGUCCGCCUGACCACUUGGGUGACUGUGUGCUGCAAUUAAAUGCUAUUGUUAUGCCUGAUAAAUAUUUUAAAAUGAUUAAAGUCAACAUAGACAUAGAAGACAUUAAUGACAACGCACCCUACUUUCUGGAGAACAAUAUUUCCCUGUCAAUAUCCGAGAACACCCCAGUGGGAACAACAAUUGGAAUUGACCAUUUGGCCCUUGAUAGAGACACCGGGAUUAACAGCCUGCUCACUUACCAACUUGAAAACAGCGAUGGGUUUUUCAGUAUAGCACUAGAGGGGGAGUCACUUUCUGUCAUCAUUGAGAAGCCUCUGGACCGGGAAUCUCUGGAUGUUCACCAAAUGAAACUCAUAGCUACUGACGGAGGGCAUCCAUCUUUAUCUGGAACUGCUGCUUUGAAUGUCCAGGUAGAAGAUGCCAAUGAUAACUGUCCAGUGUUUAUUUCAUCAGAACCCAUCAUGGUCACUAUUCCUGAAAAUGCAGCCGCAGAUAGCAUAGUGGCACAGGUUCAUGCAACUGAUGCAGAUCUCGGCUCUAACGCUGACAUUAUUUAUUCCUACAGCCCUCGAGUUUCUGCUGCAUCCAGGGAAUUGUUCAGUUUGGACCCAUCUUCUGGCAUUAUCACUUUCUUGGGGGUUGUAGAGACAGAGACACCUCCUGACCACAAACUAAGUGUGUUCGCAAACAGUCCCCCCUGCCCCCCAGCACUAGCAGUUGUAACAGUUUAUUUAUGUAAGGAUACAAAUCAACAACCAGCGAUAGACAUCAGCUACAUCGCAAGUCUGGAUAAUGAUGAUGUUGUGUUAAAGGAGAAUGUACCUGUGAACACUGCAAUCGCCCUUUUGGAUGUAGUUGACCCACAUUCUAUUAAAGGUUCACUUAGCAUCGAAGGAGAUGUCCCUUUCAUUUUAAAAGCACACCAUGGGAAGUAUUUACUGCUGACAUCAAAGCCACUCGACUUUGAACUUGAUAAACAAUACAGUGUUUUCAUUGUUGCACAAGAUUCCAACCAAAAGAGUGUUUUCCACAAAAGGUUAAUCCGAAUCCGAGUAAAUGAUGUGAAUGAUAAUGCUCCAAGGUUUUCCCAAACAUCGGUUGAAGCUUCCAUUGAAGAGAACAAUGAGCUAGAUACUCCUUUGAUCAGACUAACUGCAAUAGAUGCAGAUAGUGGCCAAAACGGACAGGUGGUUUACAGCCUAGGCCCAGAUGCACCACCCAUGUUUGCAAUUAACACAUCAACAGGUGAGCUCACAGUGUCUUCAGUACUAGACCGGGAACAACAGGAUCUUUACAAUUUCACAGUGGUUGCUGCUGACCAGGGUACUCCAUCCUUAGAAACAAUAACCACCGUCCUGAUCCGAGUACUUGACCAAAACGAUAACAGACCACUGUUCAUUACCAGCGAGUUUACCUUCUUUAUUCCAGAGAACUUCCCCCGCCUCGGGGAGGUGGCAGUUAUUAAUUUGACGGAUGCAGACACGGGGCCUAAUGGUAAAGUGAUGGUUUCCAUCCUAAACAGCACUAUACCAUUUGUGAUGGACAAUGCUAGAGGGACACUGCGUUGCUCCUCUGAUAUAGACAGAGAGACAGCAGACAUACACGAAAUUUGGAUUGUGGCUGUAGAUGGUGGGAAUCCAGCCUUAUCGACCACUGCCAAAGUGACCGUCUUUGUUUUAGAUAUCAACGACAACCCUCCCAAGGUCCUCCUGCCCAAGAACAACUUCUCCUGCCUGCCAAUUCCUGCAAGCACUGCUCCGGGGACAACUGUUGCUGAGAUUUAUGCUGUUGAUAUGGAUGCUGGGAUGAAUUCAGUUAUCAGCUACAAGAUCAUUGGAAAAGAAGCUCCUGGACCCAGUCCCUUUAAGAUUGAUUUCUUGACCGGCAACAUAACCCUUCAGGAAAAGCUUCUGACUAAUCAUUAUGGCAUGCACCACUUAUUUAUUCAAGUAAGCGAUGGUGGAUUACCCAAACCUCUACAAUCGACCAUUUGGAUUAAUCUUUUUGUGAAUGAAACUUUAAGCCCUUGUUUUUUGAAUACAGUGCCUGAAGGUUUUUUUCAAGAACAGCCUCUAGAAAUGCAAAACUUAUGCGGAAGUGAGUUUUCUGAAAUCCAGUGCUCGCCAUUAACGUUUAUUGUUGGUCUGGCAAUGAUGACAGCUUCCCUUAUAUUUUUCGCAGGAGGCAUAUACAUGUUUCGAAAAGUAAAAAUGAGCAGCUUGAGGAAUAUGAAUAGGCCUGCUCAUGAGAAUGCUGAAAUCCCUUUAAAACUGAACCAAAACUAUGACAGUAGAGACUUGGUUGAUGUGCAAUAACAGAAUACCUUAAAUAAGCGAUACCCUGAACGGGACAAACACUGUAUGUUGUACAUAAGAUUUUUUUUUUAUUAUUAUUCACAGUAUUUAUUCAUAGAGUUCAGUUUUUAAAUAUUUUAUACAAUUACAUUUAUGAAUGAGUUUGUAACACUAACAUGUAAUCAAUGAUCUCUUUGGGGGCUGGAAGCAAAGUUUUUAAGAAGGAGAUUUUAUUUUCAAAUAGUGUGUUGCAUUGAUAACAUCUUGGAGCGGGUAUUUUCAAUAUGAUUUUUGUAAAAAAAAAAAA